ACCGGCCUCCCCGGGAGCCGCUGCCUGCGGCCGCUGGGCCCAGUUUAACUCUUUAUUUCAAAUCCUGCAGCUUUAAUAAACGAAUAUAACGCUGUAGACUUGAGGACGGGGGUGAAAUGAUGGCAACUUGCAGAAUCUGUUAGGAGUCGGAGGUGGUUUCUUGUUUGUAUGCGGCCCUGCGGCCUUUAGAGUCAUAAAAUCCUAGAACCACGGAAUUAAUAAGGUUGGAAAGGACCUUCAAAAUCAUCGGGUACAACCCAUUCCCAACUCGAGGCUGUUGUGCUGCUUUGUGGCUCUGCGGGCCUCUGCUGCUGCAGGAGAAAUAACGCCAAGUAAAUGCAGGGCUGGCCGGCAGGAGCAAGAAGGCAGGAUGUUGUCAAGACCAAAGCCUGGGGAGUCUGAGGCAGACCUGAUACACUUUCAGAACCAGUUCCUGGCAGCCAGAGCUUCACCUGCAGUGAAGAUUGUGAAGAAAGCAGACAAGAGAAAGGGGGAGGAAGGGAGCACAGAUGCGGAGAGACCCCCGCUGCAGGACAGCAAGGAUGUGGUGAUGCUGGAUGAUUUUCCUGAUAUCCCCCCAGCUCUAACUCCGGGUCCUCCAAAAAAGUCCAAGGUCAAAAGUGCCUCUGUCCACUUUGAGGAUGAAGAUCCAGAGGAAAGACUCGAGAGUCAUGAUCGACACAUCACAGCAGUCUUCAGCAAAAUCAUUGAGCGAGACACGAGUGCAGUAGAAGUGACCAUGCCAGUGCCCACUGGAGAUCCAUUUCCCAGGACAUUUCAUCGUUCUGAGAUAAAAAGUGAGGUGAAGGUGGGAUCUGGAAGAAAAAGCAUCUUUGCACAAAAGAUGGCAGCAAGAAGGGCUGCUGAAAAGGAAGCAACAGCUCCCUCUGCUGCUGAGUGCGUGCAAAUAAGAUCAGCUCCUCGGGAUGCCCUGGGUCCUGAGGUAUCAGCAGAAGAGGCACCUCGCCCUGGCAACAGGGAUGAUAAAGCUGAUGACUUUUUCACCACUCAGCAGCCUUGUAUCAUAACGGGAGAGGGUCUUGGAAGCCAAAAGAGUGAGCAGGAAGCUCAGGCUAUUCACAAAGAGAACUUGGAGAAGCUGCAGUCCAUGUCCCAGGAAGAGAUCCUGCAGGAACAGGAAAAGCUUCUGGCUCAGCUGGAUCCCAGUUUAGUUGCUUUCUUAAAGUCACGAAGUGGUGUUAAUGUAGGCCAGAAAAACGAAUUAAAAAAGGAACAGAACAGACCGGAGGAGUUUGUGGAAUCUCUGACUGUGCCUCAGCAUGGUGUAGGAGCAUCUCUUUCCAUACAGGAGUCCGAUCUGGAAGAAUCUGUAAGGAAGGAAGAAAAUAUGAAAAUGGAAAUGACAGAUGAUGAUCUGCCUGUGAAGCCGAAGAAGGAAUGGAUUCACAUGGACAAUGUGGAGUUUGAGAAGCUGGAGUGGAUGAAAGAUUUGCCUUCACCCCGACAGAAGAAAACCAAAAAGGGAAUGCAAGCUCGAUUCAGCUUAAAGGGAGACUUGAUUCCUGCAGACGCUGAUUUGCCUACUCAUCUAGGCCUGCAUCACCAUGGAGAAGAAGCAGAGAGGGCUGGUUAUUCUCUCCAAGAGCUCUUUCAUUUAUCUCGCAGCCAAGUUAUUCAGCAGAGGACGCUGGCUCUACAGGUCUUGGGUCGUAUUGUUCAAAAGGCUAGGGCUGGGGAGUUUGCAUCAUCCUUGAAGGGCAGUAUUGUGCGUCUGCUGCUUGAUGCUGGAUUUCUCUUCUUGCUGCGCUUCUCCCUGGACGAUGCAGUGGAUAAUGUCAUGGCAGCAUCUGUUGGUGCUCUCCGGGCUCUACUGGUGUCACUCGAUGAUGAGAAAUAUCUCGAUUGGACUUUCUCAUGGUACCAAGGGAUGGCUGCAUUCCCCUUUGUCCCCAACAAUGAGGAGGAAGAAGAGGAAGAAGAGGAAGAAUUAACUGGAACAGAGAAGUCUCAGAAUAAAAAACUAAAGGAUGAAAACAAGCCAGAUCCAGAUGUGGCCCGAUAUGAUGUUGUAAAGGGACUUUUGAAGACACGGAUCCAGCACCGGCUGAGGUACGUUCUUGAGGUGGUACGACCUGUUCCAACAGUAGUCCUGGAUAUCCUGCACAUCCUUACCCACAUAGCGAGGCAUUCCUCUGAAGCAUGCAGCCAGCUGCUUGACUGUCCUCGGUUGAUUGACACCAUUGUCAGGGAAUUUAUCCCUACUCAGUGGGAUCCUCAUGUGGCUGAACCAGGGUGUCUUCUCACCAGUCUCCAUGGAGUUGCUUGCUCCACUGCUAUGAAGUUCAUCAGAGUAUUGGCAUCUGGAGGCAGAAAUGCAACAGCUAGGCUGCUUAAUAAGUUUGAAAUGAAGAGCCGAUUAAUUCGAUUUAUAGCUGAAGACCCACAGGAUCUGCUUCUGCCAAAGGAAGAAGCCAUCAAGCUAAGCACUGAAGCCUUCCGGCUGUGGGCUGUGGCUGCUGGCUACAGUCAGGCCUGUGAUCUCUACAGGGAUCUCUACCCUGUGCUGGUGAGGAUACUUCAGUCCCUGCCUGAGUUGCUCAGCUCUUGCCAUGAGAAGAACCCAAUGCGUGAGUUGUCUGUCCAGCGAGCUACAGCAGUGAUUACUCUGCUGAUGCAGGUGACACAAACAGCAGGCUGCACGGUGGAGCUGCAGGCCAAGCUGAGCAGCAAUAGCUCAGAAGCUAGUGAACAGAUUCCACCUCCUCCAGUAGCAUGGAAUCAAGUGUCGGGCUUACAGCCUUUCAUUGAGACUGGUCUGAAAAAAAUCCUACAGGAGAUAUCCCAGACAGAAACUUGGCAAACUCUCCAGCCUCUAACCACAACUUAUAUGAUCUACCUGGGAGUUUAUUACAGGGCUUGCAGCCAACAGCCAUCGGUCAAUCCAAUUGACUGCUUAGAGGAACUGGAACGUUUGACAUCUGAGGUGCUACAGCCCCUUCUCAGCCAGCCAGCCAUAUGCAGCAUGUGGGAUUUACUCAGGCCAUGUUCUGCAUUGUGCAAUCCUCUGUCCUGUUCCCCGGGACCUGAAUCUGUGUUGAGCAUCGUAUCUUUGAGCUGUACUGGAGGCAAACCUCCUUUCAACCUAGUUGGUUCCAAGUCCCCUUUCCCCUUCCUCACUGCCCUUCUGUUUCUCAUCAAUAGCAUCACUCAAGUUCACAAAGGGCUGAUCAGCAAGUACAGCUCUGUGCUGAGCUUUGGAGGCCUGAAGGAUUAUCUGCACCAAAGCUGGCAGACUGGACCUCCCUCUGUAACUCCCUCAUCUGCAUGGAUGCUGCGCCAUGAAUAUCAUCUGCAGUACUUCGUGUUAGCGUUGGCUAAGAGAAUGGUGGGCACUUGGCCAGAUUACAGGCAGCAUGCCUCACUCCAUCACUGUGUUGCCCUGGCAUUGCUAAGCCGUCUGUUACCAGGGAGCGAGCAUCUGGCUUAUGAGGUCCUGCUGGAUCUUGCCUUUAAUCCAGAGUUUCUUCCUGAAGGGAAAACUGGAGGGCCAGAAGCAGCUGACUUUUCUGAUAUCCUGCAUCUGGGUACCAGUGCCAAACUGUCACAGCCUGGCUCUGCAGCAGCAGCAUCUUCAAAGCCUACACGUGGUGCCCUGCUGAAAGAAUCAUACCAGAAUCUGCCUGUCAUCCGCUCCUGCUACCUCUCUCAUUUUGUUCAUUUGCAGCCUGCCCUUUUGCAAUCCCAAGCAUCCUACGAAGGACGGAAUUACCUCAUCCAGUCAAUGUUGCUUCCUGAGGUCAAAGGGCCCAUCCUGCCUUCAGACUGGCCUUUCUUUCCACUUAUCAGCCUCUAUAACAAAGUGACUAAUGCAGAGACGCAGGGGGCUGUGCUGAACUCUCUCCCACUUGAUCUAGUCAACACUGUGACCUGGAACCUUCAAUGGGUCUUGCUGCUGGAAACCUGGCGUGCUAAAACCCUUCAAAGCAUCCCUACUGCUGCCAAACUUGCACGACUUAUGUGUGUCUUCCUCACAGGUGGUGACCUCUUUCUAGAAGCACCGAUCCACUGCUACACAGCUGCCCUUCUCUCUAUCUACUGCCAGCCCAAGGCGCUAGACUCCCUAAACUUGGAUGCUCCGCUCCCUGGUUUGGCUUCCUUCCAUGAUCUCUAUAUAAGUUUGCUGGAACAGUUUGAAGGUGUCUCCUUUGGAGAUCCACUCUUUGGAGUCUUUGUUCUUCUACCUCUGCAGAAGCGUUUCAGUGUUCAUCUGCGUCUCUCUGUUUUUGGGGAGCACACAAGUAUCCUGCGGGCACUGGGAGUGCCGCUCCAGCAGUUUCCCGUGCCUCUUGAGCGAUACACUUCCCCUCCUGAGGACAACCUGAACCUCCUGCGUCUCUACUUCCGAACGCUGGUCACUGGCGCACUGCGCCACACCUGGUGCCCUGUCCUUUAUGUGAUGGCUGUGGCUCACGUGAACAGCUUUAUUUUCUCCCAAGACAGUACAACACAGGAGGCUGAUGCUGCUCGGAAAAGCAUGCUGAGAAAGACGUGGCUCUUGGUGGAUGAGAGCCUGAAAAAACACCUUCUCUACUACAGACUGCUGAAUGCAGAGAGCCCCGUGGGAUUUGACCUUUACGAGCAACUCCCUCCCAUGCGACUGAAGUACCUGCAGAUGGUGAUACAGAAAGAAAAUAAGGAGAAUGCACCAGUGCUAGUCUCAUAGCAAAACACUUGUGGAAGAGGAGGGCUAAGGAGAAGAAUAGAAGAGCUCAGUUUAUGCUUCACUGAUGAAACUAUGUACAUUUUAGACAGUUACAGUGUCUUGCUUGGACACUCUCAGCAUCUCUGCAAAGUGAAGCACCAGUAGAAUGCUCUCAGCCCUGCAGCACAAUACGAACCUCAAGAUAUGUCCAUGUGUGUGUGGCCUCUCCAUUAUGAAUGCUGGGGCAUUUUCCUGUAUUCUCUUUCAGGUUGUUCUUCCUGGAGGAGUUAAGAAUGCCUCUAAGAGGCACUGGACUGUUGAAUAAACUGAAAGAACUGAAAAAGCCAUUUUGUUCAUUCAGGCUGCAGACUGUGAAUUCUCAUGACGAUGUCUGUCUUCCCCAGAUCUUUCCCUUGUUUUUUUUAUCCUGAGUUUUGAACGGUCCCUUUCCCCUACUGCCCCUGCAAAUAAAAUGACAACGCAGCAGGGAAGAAGCUGAUCCUGUGAACUUUAUCUUUUCAUAUACAGUUUUUCCAUAUACAGGAUCAUAUUCUGUGCAAAUGACCUGUCACAGAUGUAUGGAGCUGGAUCUCUAAGAAACAACAGUUCCUAAUGCAGUCAACAUCUUACCUUGUCUGUCUUUUGGAUAGUAUCUAACCUGCUUUAUUUUCUCCCUUAUUUGCUUAUAUAUAUAACAAAAUAACAAGUAAUUUAUUUGCAGUGAGAAUGCUUGUCAGAAACCACUCCCCCUUAGAGAAUAAAAGUAUCUGCUUGUUUAACUAGAACAUGUGUUGAUUUGUCUUCUGAGAAGAAGAGAAUGUAGUUUAAAUUUUCAAGUGGUGUUCCAAAGUUUAGACCUCAUUUUAAAAAUCUUUUAUUUGAUUCCCACUUCUACAUCCAAGUUCUGUUUUGCAGCUGCCAACACGAGCUACAAAUGUAGUGUCCUAAAGUGUUCAUCACAAAUGCCAGGUCAAGCCCAGAAUUUACCCUAAGUGUAGUCUCACUGAAGUGGAUGUUUAAUUUGUAUCCAGUAGUUUUUGUAGAACCAUAGUCAGUCUGGCAGACUUUUGUUUCAUAAUUUUUAUGAAUAAAACUUGAUAAAGUUAUUUCUUCUGCUUUGUUCUUAUGAACAAAUACCUCUGGGAGGUGCAGGGUGAUGCCUAGCCUAGAGACAUAAGAUUCUACCUGUCAGAAAGUUUUCUAAGUCUACCAGCAUCCCCUAAGUUUCCAGAAGAUACUGUUUUACCUUUUUUGUCCUCUUAUUUCAGAUAGGACAUAGGUGGAACUGAUGUUUCAUUUUUGUCUUUCUUCUUUUUUUUUCCUAUUGCAGUUUUUGAUGUGCAGCUGGGGGAAACUACAAAAGCACAAAGUGGUUAACAGUCACUUCCCUUGUUGCUAAUUAUUUUAAAAGUACUUGAUGUAAGUAAAAGUUUAAUCAAAGGCAUUCAAGUUUCUAUUCUGCCUAGAUGGUGAGAGUCCCAGCAGUUGUCUUUCAAGAGCAAUGAAUACAUGGUAAAAGUUAAGAACUCCUAGCUGGCCAUUUAAGAACUGUCUUCAUCAAGGACUUUGUCUUUUGCUUUUCUGACCUACGAAAACCUCUUGUGUAAUACAAAGCUGAGUUUUAAAUGUAUACAGGGUGUAAAUAAACAUUUUGAUAACUCUA